AUGGCACAAGCGCGCGACACGGAGAUCAUUGAACUGAUGUCUGAUGAAGAAUUAUCGGAUAAACACUCCAAAAGAGCUAAAUCUAAAUUGUGCAAUAGUAAUUGCGUCAACUUUAAAUGUUGCUCGGGAGUAGGUAUGAAGCUAGCACCAUCUUUUGCGUGUGCCUUUUAUGGAGUUGUUGAUAAGAAAAAGAAGAAACGUCUGAUAUGUAAGCAGUGUUUUGAUGUUGCGCUGCGACAUCAAAAGCAAUUGGUAAAUGCCUUCCUAGAAAAUAAAUCGCUAUUGGAAUGUGAUUUUCCGGAUCGUACGAUGGAAGUAGAAAUCUCUGAUAGCGACGAGUCGGACGAAGAAAAGAGAAGAGAACCGGAGGAUAACAAUGAAUACCUACCAGAAGAUGUGCUUUUAGACAUCAAAGAUAAAUUAGAUGAUACGUUGUUAUAUAUUUCGAAAAAAUAUCAUUUAAAACGUCAUACUAACGUCGCAUGUAAUGCCCUGAAAGAAAAAUGGCAGAAGAUACAUGUGACGAGCGAGUCCCUCAAUGCUGAGAUACGCGGAGUGAUGCACACUAUGGAUAAAUUGCGUAAUCGAUUGUACGAAGAUUUUAGACCGCAGAUCACAAUGCUGGACGAACUCGAAAUAAAUGACGGAGCGGAAGGUGUCUAUCCGAUUGUGGCGACGAAGAAGGUGACGCAAAUGCGCGUUCCAUGUACGACGUUGCAGCAAGAUAGUCAAUUAGAGAUUCUAGCGAUAGAACCGUCAAGUGCUAAGAAUAAUGUAAUCCCGAAAUUACCACCAACUGGCCAGCUCGUGAAACGUACCCCGAUGAUAGAUAGUAUAGUUUAUAUUAUGAAAAGUUCAGUUAUGCCGUGGAUUAAAGCAAAGGUUCAGGCUGUAGUCUCGGCAAAUCCAUCGAAUAUUCGUGUGAGAUUGUUACAAAAAAAAUACAAUACGGUGAUCAAGACGGUAUCCGGCAAGCAGUUAGCGAUGGCCGAAACGAGUAAAGUCAGAAUCCCAGUUGGAACGCGAGUUGUGGCUAUAUUUCACGAUGUCUCCUCUAGUAAUUAUUAUAGUGGGAUAAUUGCCGAACCACCAAAAUACACGAAUAAAUAUAGAUAUCUAGUAUUUUUUGACGACGGUUACGCACAAUACGUUACCCAUGAUGAUAUCUUUCUGGUGUGGGAAACUUCACCGUGUGUUUGGAAUGACAUACCUAGCGAGUCGCGAGAUUUCGUUAAAAAAUAUCUGGAAUCAUAUCCUGAGAGGCCAAUGGUCAAGUUGCAACCUGGUCAGAUGGUCAAGACUGAAUGGAAAGGUAAAUGGUGGCUUGCGAAGGUGUUACGGGUCGACGCGAGUCUAGUGCAGAUGCACUUUGACGCCGAUGGGAGAAGCGAAUGGAUUUACCGUGGAUCGACUAGAUUGGGUCCAUUGUUCAUUGAGAUGUUGAAAGCCAAUUCGAGACAGCAGUUUCAACAGUGGGGUGGUAAUACGCAUAUGCGACAUCGCAUUCCCGCCGCUUCUAAUAAGAGUAAUUUGCCCUAUGUUGAAUAUACAUCCAACGUGGAAGAAGAUGUCACGCAAAACGUUCAAACGGAGAAAGCGGCGACUGCUGCCAGUGCGCCAUCCGGUACAUCGUCCGUUGUACCGCAACAAUCUCGCGCAGUGGCCAAGAAGAGCACUGCUAAAAGACAAAAUAACGUCGAUAGCGCUACGUACAAUCCUAUGGUAGAAACGAAGCCAUCGCAUAGUAUCGUUUUUUAUCAUACGCAGAGAAAGUAUGAGCCAAAGAAGCAUGUUUCUCACAAAUGCGGAGCAAAGUGCAUCAAAGGCAUCAACGUUUCGUACGACGAUCUCAAGGGGCUCUCCCCACUCUCUAUUCCUCUGUUAUGCGGCUGGCAUCGUCAGCUCUGUAAAUUCUCUAAAGGCAAGAAGGUUAUACUCUAUCAGGCACCGUGUGGCAUCAGGUUGCGAAAUAUGGAAGAACUGCAUCGUUAUCUGCGCCUUACUAGCAGUACACUGUCCGUUGACUUGUUUGACUUUGACUAUUGGGUGCGCGCUUUUGCAGACUUUGUCGUAGAAAAGUGCUUUAUCAAUAUUAAGGAUCUCAGUUACGGUGUGGAGAAUGUACCUAUACCGUGUGUCAAUGACUUGGAUCAUACUCAACCAGAUACCAUAAGAUAUACGACGCGUCGAGAGCCAACGGAGGGUGUUAACUUAAAUCUGGAUCCCGCGUUCUUGUGCAGUUGCGACUGCGAGGACGAUUGUCAGGAUAAAACGAAAUGCCAAUGCUGGCAGUUAACGAUACAAGGAGCAACUCUUGGAGGUAGAGUGCCAAACACUGCCGUUGGUUACGUUUACAAGCGUUUGCCCGAACCGGUGACUACGGGAAUCUAUGAAUGCAACUCGGGAUGCAAAUGUUCCGUGAAAACGUGUCUCAAUAGGGUAGUGCAGCAUCCUCUCGGAUUAAGACUACAAGUGUUUAAAACGGGACCGCGCGGUUGGGGCAUAAGGUGUCUCAAUGAUAUUCCCCAUGGCGCCUUCAUCUGCAUAUAUGCAGGAAGAUUACUCACUGAACAGGGCGCGAAUGAAGGAGGUAAAAAUUAUGGUGACGAGUACCUCGCGGAAUUGGAUUAUGUGGAAGUGGUAGAAGGUUACAAAGAAGGUUACGAAAGUGACGUUCUCGAGCCGGAGACACCAGAUAUCUCAGCCACGGAAGAUGACAAUAAGAAAAGUAUUGGUGUUAGCGAUGAAGAGGACAGCACGAAGAAAAACGGCAAUGACUCGGAUGAAGAUUUCAAUAUUGAUAAUUACGUGUCGGACAAUAAAGAUUUCGUGGAACUCACUGCUGAGUCAUCGUCUAUUAGAAAACGUCUGAGAAAACGAAAACGAGACGAAGCGAGUAAUCAAGAUAUAUCUGAGGAAAAUAGCGAGGACGGAAGCAUCACGAAAGAUUUGGAGACUGUGCUAAAGUUAUCCGGCAAUGAGAAUCGUAUAACUGAUCAAGAUACGAUUAAUAUAAGUGACGAUGAGGAUAGCAGAAACGACAUGAGAAGAGAACCAAGUAGAUUCGAGCCAAGCGUCGAACCAAAACGGAUAGAGAGACCCAUGUUCAAAUCGGUUCGAGAUUAUUUCGGCGAGGAUGAAGCCGUUUAUAUAAUGGAUGCUAAAACAACCGGAAAUAUCGGCCGUUAUUUGAAUCACUCUUGUGAUCCAAACGUGUUUGUGCAAAAUGUUUUCGUCGAUACGCACGAUGUGCGUUUUCCGUGGGUUGCAUUUUUUGCAUUACAAUAUAUAAAAGCUGGACAAGAGUUAACAUGGAAUUACAGUUACGAUGUUGGAAGCAUACCGGGUAAAGUAAUCAUCUGCAAGUGUGGUGCAGCAAAUUGCAGGGGUCGUCUUUUAUGAAUUACCUGUUUCAUAACUAUGCUCUGUACGAAUGGAGUUUUCAAUUGAUGAAACAAAGUCUUCACUCGAUAGUAUGUGAACACGAGCAUUAUAUUGCUAUUGCUCAUCUUUCUUAAAUGUUUAAAGUGCUUCCAGUAUGUGGAACAUGGAAUAACGUAUUAUUUUCUGUUUUAUAUUUGUAUAUAAAUUAUCUUUGCAAGAAAUACUUACAAUGCGAAAAUAUAUGUAAAUAAGUAAGUAAAACGUGUGUUGUGAGAUACCUCAUUACCUGUCGUAAUCUCAAUUGUUAUGAAAUAUUUUAAGAAAACGUAUAUUUUUAGUACAUAUUUUAGUACAAACACACAAAAGUUUAGGUAAGACUCACGAUUAAAUAUAGUAGAUAACGUCCAGA